UGAUGAAUGAGUAUCACUGCAGAUUUCAGUAUAAUAUUAAACUAUUUUUUCAGUAUUUAAUAAUUAUGUUUUUGAUACGUUUAUUACUGUGAAGAUAGUUUAUUUUAUUUUAAAUAUAUAAGUUAUUGCAUAUAUCAAAUAUUUUUUUAUUUUACAUUUUUCUUUAAAUAUCAUUUUCACUUACUAUAUUAUUUGCUUUAUCAUUUUAUGUAGAACUAAAAAAUGUACAAAAAACCGUCUAGUCCACUGUAUGCUAACGUUUCUGAUGUUAAAUACCAGAAUAGCAAACCAACUAUAAAAGACGAACCUACUUACUAUAACACGAACCUCAUUAAUUCAAAAUCACAAUCAUCACAGGGGUUGUACAGUAAUAUAUCUUAUGAACCUAACUCAAGUAAUAUUUAUUCUAAUAUUACAACAAAAACUAGCAAUUCUGCCUAUAAAAGUGAUCAAUAUCCUGUAUAUGAUAAUUUGAAACCAUUAAGCAAGGAUAAUUUACAUUGCCCUCCUUCACCUGUUAGUUCAAGUUAUUCUGAGUUGCAGAAAGCUGCAAGCUAUGAGGACGAUGCUAAAGAUUUUGAUAAUUCUUCUUCUCAAGCAUCUAAAAUGUAUGAAUCUAUCUAUGAACCCAUCAAUGCUGUAAGACCACCAAGUGAACUAUCAUCUACAUACUCAAUGAGUAGUUUGUCACAGUCUAUUAUAGCUCGCGAACAUGAAACAGAAGUAGAUUCUUUAACUGAUCUUCUUGUAAAUUCAAUGUCUGUAAAUGAAGGAAAAUCAAGUUUGGAAAAUCAUCAAAAUCUCUUAGACUGGAAUUGUACCAAGUGUAAUGAAAAAGUUAUGGAAGAAGGCCUUGGAUGUACUGCAAUGGGAAAUAUCUAUCACAUAAAAUGUUUUACUUGUACUCAUUGUGGAGAUCAACUCGAAGGAAAACCAUUUUAUCAUAUUGAUAAUAAACCAUAUUGUGAAGAAGGAUACUUGGAUACCCUGGAAAAAUGUUCUGUUUGUCAAAUUCCAAUUUUGGAUCGUAUACUAAGAGCAACAGGACGACCAUAUCAUCCUCACUGUUUUCGAUGUAUUGUUUGUUCUACUUUGUUGGAUGGUAUACCUUUUACUAUUGAUGCUGCAAAUCAAAUUUAUUGCAUUGAUGAUUUCCACAAGAAAUUUGCACCCAAAUGUAGUGUAUGUUUAUUGCCCAUAAUGCCUGAAGCUGGACAAGAUGAAACUGUAAGAUUUGUUGCUCUAGACCGAAGCUUUCAUAUGCAAUGCUAUAGAUGCGAAGAUUGUGAUACAUUAUUGGGGUCUGAAUCAGAAGGUCGAGGUUGUUAUCCUUUAGAUGAUCACGUAUUAUGUAAAAGUUGUAAUGCAAAAAGAGUCCAAGCUCUGACAUCUAUAAUGAUAACAGAAUUGUAAUGAAAAUAUCAACUAUUUUGAUCUUAUGUUAAAUUUUAUUAUUAAGUUCAGCUUUUUAAAUUAUUAAUCAACUAUUAUUGUUAUUACUUCAUAAGGAUCUAGCUAUUUUGUAAUUUUAUAAUAUGAGAUGAUCUUUGUACUUAAAAUUAUUUGUAUCAAUUAAAAUAAUAUGUGCUAAAUCUGCUGUAAAGUAUAUGUACUCUUCAAUAUGCAUAUUUGUGUGAGAUGUAUAAUAGUUUUUUUACUAGGAAAUUAAUAUAUAUAUAAAGGUUUUAUAAUUUUAUACCACACUUGAAAGUUUAUAUAGUUUUUUUAAAUCUACAAAUAAAAAAGAAUUAUCAAAUUGGUAUUGGUAUUUUACUAAUUACUAAUCCAUUUCUAGAGAUUUUUUUGUAAAUAAGUGGUAUUAUUUGUGAUUUAUGUUUUAUUUUAUUCCAUGGAUAA